GGUGAAUAUUAUGAACGUUUACCAAGCAUUCUAAACUAAGUUGUCGUAGACUAAUUUUCUAAAAACAAAUAAAUCAAAAAGAGAGAAAAGAUUGAAAGAAAACGUCACGUAAUUUGAAGAAAGCGCGGCAGGAAUCGCAGCGUUGGAUGAUAAUGACGUUCUGCUUACAGCUCAGUCGAAACGUUCGCUCAUUUCCUCUGAAAGUGAAACAAACCCAUUUCACUCAACGAGAAGCUGCUUAAAGUACCACCACCCAGUUUGAAACUUUGUGUUUUUGUUUCAAGAAGAAAUCCCCCCCACCAAGUUAUCAACUUCUGAAGAGACUUUUCUUCUUUUCGACGCUUUUAUUUGACCCUGUCAGCCGUCGGCUUCAGUGAGUAUAUUGGACUUCGUUGGUUUCAAACUUCGCCACCGUAGCUCUCCUGAGCAGCUCUAGCUCUAACGACGGAGAUGGACAGGACACUGCUGAACAAAAUUGACGAGGGACUGGAGUCCACAGAGGUAGAGGAGCUGUGCUUCCUGUGUAGCGACAUCAUCAAGAGAAGGCAACUUGAGGACAUCAAGUUUGCAAGGGACUUGUUCCUGAAACUGGAGGAGAAAGAUUUCUUGAACAGUGCAUUCCUCGCUGAGCUGCUCCGCACCAUCCAACGAGAAGAUCUCUUCAACCAGCUGAAGAGCGACAGCAGUGAAAGGGAGGAAACGGACGCCUCUCCUGCUUACCUGUCUGAAUACAGGUUGAUGCUGUAUAAAUUACACAUGGAUUUGACCAACAACUAUGUGGAGAAGAUGAAGUUUCUACUCGGCGAUCACAUUGCCAAACGACAACUGGACACCUGCAAAACGGCUUUAAACGUGUUUGCUGAAAUGGAGAAGGCAGGUAUGAUCACUAAAAACAACGUCGAUAAACUCCACAAGCUCAUGAUCGACAUUGAGAAUAAACCGCUGGAACAUACUGUCAAAAGGUUCAAAGACAGGCUCCCUCCAACAGGUGCAGAAGGAGGUGUUAACAAUCAUAACGGACAACAGGCGAAGGCGCCACCCGAAGACACAGACGAGUUCUACAGUCUGACACAGGAUCCUCGAGGUUUGUGUGUGAUCAUCAACAACGAGGACUUCAAAGGACCUAAAUACAAAAAACGUCUUGGAAGCAAAAAGGAUAACGAAAAUCUGAGCAAUCUGUUCAAACGCUUCGGCUUUGUUCCGGAAAUACACGAAGACCUGACAGCCGAUAAGAUUACAGAGACGCUCAAAGAGCUGUGCAAGAGGGACUUUUCUAAAGACGAUGCUUUGGUGGUGUGUCUGCUAUCCCACGGAGAAAAAGGUGCCAUCAUCGGCAUCGAUGAAAAGGAUGUGAUGCUGGAACAAAUAUUUGAGUCGUUCAAGAAUGUUUCCACCUUGUUUGGGAAGCCCAAGCUCUUCUUCAUUCAGGCAUGUCAGCAGGAGGUGUCUCAAAGGACAAACCGGGAAGAGCCAUCCAAAGAGACGCCAUCCAAUUCUGUCUACUCGGAUGCAAGUCGUCCUUCUACGGAUGGAGACAUUUUGAUUGGCAUGGCCACAGUGCCUAACAGCAUCGCUUUUCGGCACACGGAAAAUGGCUCCAUAUACAUCCAGGUACUCUGCCAGGAGCUGAAAAAUGCAGCUGAAAGCCCGGAGAGAGAUGACAUACACACCGUCUUAACGCGUGUGAACAGGAAGGUCCACAGCCAUUUUCAGAUACCUAGUAGGCAGAUGCCAGAGCCCAAAUACACUCUCACCAAGAGGCUCGUCUUGAGAUUUGUUUGAACUGUCUGGAACCGUGACUACGUAUUCGAUGAUCUGAUAUGCGCUGGAUUCUAGUUUACAAGUGUGUAUGGGUAUGAGUCUUUGAGUUUCUGAAUGGUUCUGUUUGUUAGGUAAAUUUUUGCAUUUUGGUAAAUCAAACAUAAAAGUUGUCAUAGAAUCACAUAUUUUGAAAUUUAAUGAAAUAAAUCGAAAAGGAAAUGAAAAAAGGU